AGGACCUGCUCUCAGGAUGGUUUGAAGUGUGGGUCAUUCAUCUGUAGUAUUGUUCUUUAUGUGGCCCGUAGACCCGUCACUUUGUAGACCAUCGCCCUGUGAAGCUGGUGGCUGGGUCAGGGGGUAAAGGUGCCUGCUGCUUUCACAGUGAGCCCCGAAAAGAGUGGGGUGGACCUGAUGGAGGGAACGGAGGUGAUGGAGGAAGCAUCAUUUUCAAGGCUGAUCGGUUUGUCAAAUCAUUGGCACAAGUGGUUCCGGUUUAUAAGGGAGAGGAUGGGCAAUCAGGUGGCAGCAAGAACUGUUAUGGUCGGAACGGCAGCCCAACCUACGUUUCUGUACCAUUAGGCACUGUGGUAAAGGAGGAGGGGAAAACUAUAGCGGACCUCUCUGAACACGGGCUAGAGUAUCUGGCUGUAUUUGGAGGAGCUGGAGGAAAAGGGAAUCGAUUCUUUCUGUCCAAUGAGAACCGUGCCCCGAUGACAGCAACCUCAGGAAUGCCAGGAGAGGAGAGGGUCCUUCAGCUGGAGCUACGCACCAUGGCACAUGCUGGACUGGUGGGUUUUCCUAAUGCUGGGAAAUCAUCGUUGUUGAGAGCUAUAUCUAAUGCCAGGCCUGCGGUGGCUGCUUACCCUUUCACAACGCUCAGCCCACAUGUAGGAAUUGUCAGUUACAGGGAUCAUGAGCAAGUUGCAGUUGCUGACAUCCCAGGCAUCAUUCGAGGAGCCCAUCUAAAUCGAGGCUUGGGCAUCUCUUUCCUGCGUCACAUAGAGCGCUGUCGCUUCCUCCUCUUUGUCCUGGAUCUUUCCACUCCAGAGCCCUGGACUCAGCUCCAACAUUUGCGUUAUGAACUGGACCAGUAUGAGCCUGGUCUGUCCCAGCGGCCUCAGGCCAUUAUAGCCAACAAAAUGGACCUACCUGAGGCCCGGGAGAAGCUGGAGACUCUUAGGAGCGUUGUCAUCGAGCGGGUCAUUCCUGUGUCGGCUCUCACUGGACAGAACACAGAAGAGCUCAUCCUCCACCUCAGAGAGCUAUAUGACGGCUACCUCCAAGGACCAGGUAGUGUGGAAGGUAAACCCACUAAAUGGUAGUAAAAAACCAUUUCCUCUUGCUUUACUGAUAUCUCUGUCAUGUAUA